AUGUCCGGGGACCCCAAAAAGGACGCCCAAUACGGCCGCUUGGCCUUUGACAACUUCGCUCUACCAUACCAAUGCCUCGCGGACUCCGAAUCAUCUCCCGUGGUAGUGGACAAAGAAGAGAUCAACCGUAUAUUCCUAAACCAAACUAUCCACGAACGCAACACAAGCCUAGGAACCAGUAUGGGAAUACAAAUCAUCUGGCUACGAACAUGCUACGACAGAACCCUCACAGCAAAAUAUAACACACUAAAACGAGCAGCUGGAGCAGGUAUCUCAGACUGUAUGACGAAAGUCCUAGACGAUGCUACGCGGUACAACUUUGAAGAAUCCUGGCGUCGAAUCUUAAUCUGCAUACCAGGCCUCACUGACUUAUAUGGAAUCGUCGAUAUGGAUGGUGAUGGAAGCAAUUUGCAAUAUAAAUCCGGACAAGAUGAUAUAGAGCUGGUUGCGCAGGUAGAAGGGGAAGAUGAAGAUUGUCGAGAGCUAUCAUUGGUAGAAUUGAGGAUUCAAGCUGGUAUUUAUUUGCUUGAUAAGGAGGCUAUUGAGUCUGGGUUUAUUAAGGUUGUUUGGAUUGAUGAACAUGGGGAUUGUGUUUGGGAUAAUCGGUUGGAUCCGGUUGUUUCUGAUGUGGAAGGAUUGGCUGGUGCGUUGAUGAAUUCAACUAGUUUGAUUGAAAUUACUGGGUAUAAUGGGACGAGAGGGGCUUUGAUUGAGAGGUAG